CAAUACUCCAUUAAUGGGAGCUUGUACAAUGUAAUGGUGAGGAGAGUCCUAAUGAGAAAGAGAGGGCUUGGACAUUAGCCUAAAAAGUCCCGUGGUUUUCUCCCUUUCGGGUUUCCACGUAAAAACUGAGUGUUCAUACAUAUAUUUACUAUAUCGUGUUGGAUUAAACUCAACACUGGCGCCGUCUGUGGGAAUCUGUCCAAAAAGAUUCAUCUGUUCUACUAUUCUUGAGUUUCUACGAAAAAUUCAUGACACAUGAACUGGUUUUCAACAAAGAAAAAGUGAUUCGGAAGAAAAAAUUCUACAAAAAAUGAUUCUGGGAAAGGAAAAAACGAAGAAGCUAUGAAAUCUGGGAAGUCCAAAUCUGGAUGCUUUUCCAGGCCUGAUUUUGAAGUCGCCGGAGCCGCCGCUGUCGCCCCCUCCGGCAUGGAACUUCCGAGGUAUCCACCGGCACCUGAGGGAACUCGCUGCAACGUUCCAGUUCUUGGCGUCCGGGUCUAUACAACAACUCCGUUUGUAACAAUGUAGCUCGUCGCCGGCGGCUAGGUCUGCCGCCGCGCCGCCGCUCGACAUCAGCCGUCAACCACUGGGCGCUCGUCCACCUGCUCAGAGGAAGUAGAAUCCGAAGCUCAAUAGAUCUCCUAACGAAACCGCGCCCUCUGGCCGGUCUCGUUCUGCCGCAACCACCGUCUGCACCGACGGAAAGUGGUCGGCACGUGCGGCCUGCCUCUGAGUUGAUAGGGUGUUCCAUCUGCCUUUCCUAGUAGAUGUACUCCGCAUAGAGGCUUUGGUCUAGAGCAGACCACGUCUGCAGGAUGAGGCCAAGCAAUGGGGGUCAAGUUGGGGAACUCGAGUGAGCCGAGGCCCUCCUGGUUUGGACGUACGUAGGCGUUGGACUUAGGAGUGGCUGAGUAAUUCAAGUCCUGGCUCUUGAGCAAAGUUGUGAAGAAUUUUGACCAGGUCAAAGCAAAAAAGAAUCAAAACAAUUUGAGGGAGUCCUAGCUGACCGAACGUCCAUUCUAAAAGCUAAGUACUCUUGCUUAUGCUUUUAAGUUAAAAUGCUUCGUAUUUAUACUAGUUUUGAUAUUAGUAUUUUCAUCACCAUUAUUUAUUAGGGAUAAAAAUGUCCCGAAAUAAAUAAUGUCGAGCAAAAUUCAAGUGAGUAAAGCUCUAGUGAUAGUUAGUUCGGCCACCAUUUUAUUAAAUGUUUAAUUGUUGGUGGGCCCGAUUAGCCCACUCUCGAUCGGCUUUGAUAAGCGAUCUGAGCGUCUCCAAGAGGGUAGUGCCCCGAUGACGCAUUUUAAUUUGAGGGUUGCACGUUAGUCAGCACGGCACUACGUGCCCGAUCGACGAUCGUACCCCAGUAUCAUCUACGCCAUUAGGCGCAAAGUGACUAUUGCCAACGCGGCCUGUGGGGCCCGAGGGCACCGAAGCGCUCAACCUCGUUUUUUCGAGGGUAGUGCGACCAACUUGGGUCUGAGUUUGAAAACUCACUGACCGAUGAAUGUCUCUAUGUGACGUUCGGCGGGCUUCUAAUUGGCCCCGCCGCGAGCUGCUGCGUCCAUUAACCCCGCACGAUGAGCCGGGCCGAGAGUCACGUUGGCCCAUAGGCCGGUAAUCGUGGAUGUUAAAGAGAAGCCAUGCAGAUGGUAAUGUGUGUAUACAUAUUGUCGGGCCGUGCGGCCCGUUACCAUGCUUAUUGCGCAGCUGAAGCCGCUCGACGUGAUCGAGCGAAAUGAUUAAAAGACGCUCGGUCUAAGUCCCAAAGACGCUCAGGGCCAGCUAAAGAGGAGACCACCACGGUUGAGAACCGUGGGACGAGCAUCUCCACCCCAGAGACCGAUGGCCCAGGAAGAACACCUAGAGGCCGAGGGUCUGGAGGGAACUGCCACGGCGAAGAACCGUGAGACGAUCAUCCAUCAUCCAGAGGCCAAGGGCCAAGAGGAAACCAUCACGGCUGAGAGCCGUGAUACGAGCAUCUCCACCCCAGGAGCCGGUGGCCUAGAGGAGACCACUACGGCCGAGGGUCGUGGGACCAUCCUUACAUCAUGACCGGCCCCUCGGCACGACAUGAUCAUCAUAUUUGAAGACCGGCCUCGUCCCCGCACUGCGCGGACGAGGACCGUUGCUUGAUUUCAGAUCGGCCUCCCAUUGCCGACACUAUGAUAUCACGACCGGCCUCUCGGCACGGCGUGUGUUCCAUACUUGAAGACCAGCCUCGUCCCCGCCCUCGCAGACGAGGACCGUUGCUUGAUUUUCUCAGGUCGGCCUCUCAUUGCCGACACCAUUAUACCACGACCGGCCUCUCGGCUCGGCGUGCUUAUCUUUUGAAGACCGGCCUCGUCCCCGCCCUCGCAGACGAGGACCGUUGCUUGAUUUUCUCAGGUCGGCCUCUCAUUGCCGACACCAUUAUACCACGACCGGCCUCUCGGCUCGGCGUGCUUAUCUUUUGAAGACCGGCCUCGUCCCCGCCCUCGCGGACGAGGGCCGUUGCUUGAUUUUCUCAGAUCGGCCUCUCAUUGCCGACACUGUCAUAUCAUGUUCGGCCCCCCGGCCCGGCGUGCUUGUCUUUUGAAGACCGGCCUCGUCCCCACCACCUCGCGGGCGAGGACCGUUGUUUGAUUCUUUCAGGUCGGCCUCUGACUGCCGACACUAUCAUAUUAUGUUCGGCCUCUCGGCACGACAUAUUUAUCUUUUGAAGACCGGUUUCAUCCCCGCGCUGCGUUGGAUGAGAGCCGUUGCUCGGAUAUAUCGGCCUGACCAGACAUUAUUGCCAUCUCCAUUAUCAGGACCGACUGCUCAGCGACAUUAUGAUCAUUGUAUAUCGGCUCCCAAUGCCGACCUUCUUGAGUUAGCGAUCGGGCUCACCCCUCCCUUCAGGAGGGUGACCAUCGCCUUCGCAUGACGACCAGCAUUUCCAUCGCCUCGUCAUUCUAUUCAUUUUGAUAUCCCACCACCAUUAUGUGUGACAUCACUUGUGGUCAUUCUUAGAACCGAUGAACGUAUUUUCCUCCCUCAAAAAAAAAAAAAAAAAAAAAAAAAAAAAAAGAUGGGGAGAAGGGGAGACGAGAUCCUAUGAGAGAGGGAGUCUUGACGAGGUAUGCCUGAUCUUCCUUCGCCGCGUAUGACGAACGUCUCCCGACGCGGAGGCUAGUAGGAACGUGGGGGGGGCUAGACGUACCAAAGGGAACCUCGGCAAGAUAAACCAGUUCCUCCCAUGACCCGUGGUUCGACGAACACCUUCUGCCAGAGCAGAAGGCUAGUAGGGCCACGAGCAUGAGACGACGAAGCAGGGAAUCCCGACGUGGAUAAACCGGUUCCUCCUUGCGAUCGUUGGAUGACCGAACGUCUUCUUCGAAGUAAGAAGAUUAGUAGGACCACGACAGGGACGAACGAAGAAUAGGGAAUCCCGACGUGGAUACACCUGUUCCUCCUUGCGAUCGUUGGUUGACCGAACGUCUUCUUCGAAGUAAGAAGAUUAGUAGGACCGCGACAAGGACGAACGAAGAAUAGGGAAUCCCGACGUGGAUACACCUGUUCCUCCUUGCGAUCGUUGGUUGACCGAACGUCUUCUUCGAAGUAAGAAGAUCAGUAGGACCGCGACAAGGACGAACGAAGAAUAGGGAAUCCCGACGUGGAUGAGUCUGUUUCUUCUCACAGUUGGGAUGACGAACGUCUCCUGCGAGACCAGGAGACCAGUACUCACGAGACUUGGGAAGAACAAAGAUCGAGUUCUUUACCGGAGUCUGUUGCGUGCCGAGUGUACACCGCUUAGCGGUCCAUACAUAGGACCACGGAUACGGUAGACGAACGAAGACCAGCUUCAUGGAUCAGACACGAAGAACCAGUUCUUUAUCGGAGUCUGUGCGUGCCGAGUGUACACCGCUUAGCGGUCCGUACAUAGGACCACGGAUACGGUAGACGAACGACGAUUAGCUCCCCAGCUCAGACAGGAGAGACAUUGCCCAGAUUUAUUUUCAGGCUCACCAUUCCUUCCCGGAUGGAGUCCUGGCAGACGAUCGGUUUCUCACAGCCAAUCAGGAGAGAGACUUGACACAUCACCAGCACGGCCGAGGGCCGCGAGAGGCCGAGGGCCAUGAGAUGAUCAUCACUAUUUUUAUGCAUCACGAUCGGCCCCUCAGCGCCAUCGUGUCCUGAUUCACGGUUCGGAUCGCCCAUUUCCCUCCAGGAUGGCGACGACCGUCUUAUGCAGUACGAUCGGCCCUUCAGCGUCAUCGUGUCUCUUUCACGUCCGGAUCGCGCAUCCCUUCCAGGAUGGCGACGAACGUCUUAUGCAGUGCGAUCGGCCCCUCAGCGCCAUCGUACCUGGCUCCACGGUUCGGCUCGCACAUCUCUUCUAGGAUGGCGACGAACGUCUUAUGCAGUGCGAUCGGCCCCUCAGCGCCAUCGUACCUGGCUUCACGGUUUGGCUCGCACAUUCCCUCCGGAUGGCGACGACCGUCUUAUGCAGCACGAUCGGCCCCUCAGCGCCAUCGUGUCUCUUUCACGUUCGGAUCGCGCAUCUCUUCCAGGAUGGCGACGAACGUCUUAUGCAGUGCGAUCGGCCCCUCAGCGCCAUCGUACCUGGCUUCACGGUUCGGCUCGCACAUUCCUUCCGGGAUGGCGACGACCGUCUUAUGCAGCACGAUCGGCCCCUCAGCGCCAUCGUGUCUCUUUCACGUUCGGAUCGCGCAUCUCUUCCAGGAUGGCGACGAACGUCUUAUGCAGUGCGAUCGGCCCCUCAGCGCCAUCGUACCUGGCUUCACGGUUCGGCUCGCACAUUCCUUCCGGGAUGGCGACGACCGUCUUAUGCAGCACGAUCGGCCCCUCAGCGCCAUCGUGUCUCUUUCACGUUCGGAUCGCGCAUCUCUUCCAGGAUGGCGACGAACGUCUUAUGCAGUGCGAUCGGCCCCUCAGCGCCAUCGUACCUGGCUUCACGGUUCGGCUCGCACAUUCCCUCCGGGAUGGCGACGACCGUCUUAUGCAGCACGAUCGGCCCCUCAGCGCCAUCGUGUCCCUUUCACGUUCGGAUCGCGCAUCUCUUCCAGGAUGGCGACGAACGUCUUAUGCAGUGCGAUCGGCCCCUCAGCGCCAUCGUACCUGGCUUCACGGUUCGGCUCGCACAUUCCCUUCAGGAUGGCGACGACCGUCUUAUGCAGCACGAUCGGCCCCUCAGCGCCAUCGUGUCUCUUUCACGUUCGGAUCACGCAUCCCCUCCAGGAUGGCGACGAACGUCUCAUAUGCAGCACGAUCAGCGCCCCAGCGCCAUCGUGUCUGGAUCGUGUUCGGCUCGCCCAUCCCUUCCAGGAUGGCGACGAACAUCUCUUAUACAGCUCGAUUGGCCCCUCGGCGGCAUCAUGCCUAGUUCACCUCCGGCUCCGCCCAUGCCAUCUCGGAUGGGGGACCCGUCGUAUGCAGCAUGAUUGGCCCCUCGGCGGCAUCAUGUCUAGUCCACCUUCGGCUCCGCCCAUGCCAUCUCGGAUGGGGGACCCGUCUUACGCAGCGCGUCUGCUUCUCGGCGCUGACAUGCCCGGGUUAUCGAUGAGAGCUACUGCUUCUAUCACAUCUUGCAUUCCCUCUCUCAUACAUUACAUACAUACAUUACAUGCAUACAUACAUUCAUGCAUCAUACCUCAUACAUUCAUACAUACACACGUGCAUCAUGUUUUGACAGUACCGCGACGUCGGUUUAUAGAUGAUGGACCUCUAAGCUUCUCCGAUUGGAAAGCUCGAGUCAGAGUCCUUUACUCCCGCCUGAUGCAUUCAGGGGGAGUGUGCCCGUGGAGGAGCACCCUUCGCCCGACCCUGUCGGGAAGGGGGGUGCCUCACUGGUAGAUUACGUUCAGGAGUGCAGACACUCACUCCUAUAUGACGAUUAUGUGAAGACACAGUUUCCAGCAAGACAGAGGAAGAGCGUAGGCAGAGUAUAUUUUCUCGAGCAGAUUCGCGAGCUCACUACUCAAGAAACUGGGGGACUUGUGUUGGGAUAUAUUAUCCCGGCCUAUUACUGUUCAUGAGUCCAAGGCUUUACGUAGUACGGAGCCCGAGCAGCUAGGCCCAUUUCGGCCCAUCCGGCCCACUUUAGCCAUUUAGGCCCGAUGUUGGCCCGUUUGGCCCAUUAGGGUGGAGAGCACCCCUUCCCCUUUGUCUAUAAAUAGGGAGCUUAGCUUCCAUAUUAUGGAUCCCUUUGGAUCUUUUCCUUCUUCUUCCUUCUCACUAGAAUAGCUUACAAUACCCCAUUAAUGGGAGCUCAAAAUGUACUAUGUAAUGGUGAGGAGAGUCCUAAUGAGAAAGAGAGGGCUUGGACAUUAGCCUAAAAAGUCCCGUGGUUUUCUCCCUUCCGGGUUUCCACGUAAAAACUGAGUGUUCAUACAUAUAUUUACUAUAUCGUGUUGGAUGAAACUCAACACAUGGUAUCAGAACCAAUUCGAUCCAUGGUGUGGGCCCUCUUAUGAAAAAUGACGACACGAUUAUGGAAAAAUGACAAUAAAGAACCGACGAAAAAAAUUGAAUGACGGCACGAUCCAGACGAAGUGUCUGGUCUGGGCAUUGUUUUUCAAUAAUAAUUUCGAAGUGUCUGGUCUGGCAAAAAUUUACAAAAAAAUAAUUUCGAAUUCGCUUGGGAAUUUAGUUAAAUAAAUUAUUGAAAAACACUACGUUUUUCAAACAAAUAUGAAGCGCAUUGUUUUUCAAUAAUUUAUUUAACAGACUUCUCGAAUGAUCUUUAAGCAAAAAUUUUGUGGGCGUAAUCUACACUUAAUGAAAAACAUAAUCACAAACUUUGAUCAAGCAAUUUCAUCCGAAAGCACCUAAAAUUGGUUUGGUCGUACAGUACUUCUGAUUAAGUGUGCCUGAGGUGAACGAG